AUGGCUCAGCAUUUGGGCAGCGCUACCUGGCGUGGCCCUGAUGCCCCGUCCAACCGUGACCCUAAGUGGCCGGAGAAGGAUAGGCCCGACUAUAACGCUGCCCGGGACCGGCCGGCGCGCUGGCGCGAGCGCGAGGAGGACUCGCGCGAUCGCAACAACACUUGGGACAAUGACAGGCAAAUCGGUGGGGUGAUGCCGGUGGACGUGGUCGCGGGCGUCCUCCUGCUGACGAUCGAUGGGUGGAUAGGAAGCCAAGCGGUGCAGCUAUUGGUGAGCGUGAGUGGCUCCCCGGUAUGCCGCCGGAGCCGGAGCUGCCCAAGCGCCCCUCAAUCCAGGACCGGUGGGGCUCGGAAGGCGCGGACCGCCGUUCUGGAGAAGACCGUUGGCGCACACCGGGCGCUGGAGGUGGGCCUUUGGCCGGGGGUUCUGGUGCUUCUGAUGGCAGCUUCGCGGCGACACAGGCCGGCCGGGGCCGAGGCUUUGCCACCGGACGCGGCCGGGGACUUAAACGUGGCUUCGGGUCCAGCUGCGCCGGGCUCUGGGGCGCCGGACCGUUGGGACGUGCCGCGUGGGGGGCAUUUGGACCGUCAUGACAGCAACGCGGGACCCGGAGGAAGUGGAAGCGGGUAUGGCAGCGGUGGCCACAGCGGUGUUCGCCGCUAUAGCUCGCCGGUGAUGAGCAAGAUCUAUAAUCACAUGCUGUCCUCGCAUGGCGAAAAGCUGCCAAUGCCUCGCAUCAAUCCUGAGGUCGCUCUCCAGUACUCGGAGUACCUGUCGGAGUCCGUCGCGGAGGCGGCUGCUCAGCAACUUGGUGGUGGUGGGUCGAGCUCCGGUGCUGGCGAGUCUGCGAACGGUUUGUCCGGAGGCGGCACUGCGCCGGCGGGUGCUGCACACCCCGGAGGCCAGACCCAAUUGACGUCGGUCAGCUCGAACCCUCCUGUGCCGUCGCUGCCGGUGACGCACGAGCUUUACUUGCAGGACCAGUGGGUCUACAAAGACCCGCAGGGAGUGACACAAGGUCCUUUUACGCGCAUGGACAUUUUGGACUGGCUAGCCUUCCACUAUUUUGGCGAGGACUUGCCCAUCCGAGCUGCGGCGCUUGAGGGCACGCCUUUUAUUCCUUUAGGCCAGAUGAUGAAGAUGUGGGACGCUAUCGAACGCGGGAGGCCUCUGGGUCCCCCCGGCUUUACGCCCGCGGCACCAACGGUGGCGCUGCCCAAUGCAGCUGCAGACGCCAAUAAGCAGCCACAGGUCACACAGACACAACAAGCAACAGCAGCAGCCGUCGCGCCGCUGCCUUCGGUGUCGUCAAUCGGGCUGUCAGCCGCGGCUUCCGGUGACCUUUCGCAGGCGGGCUCCAUGGCCGCAGCCCAGAACGCAAGCUCCGCCACCGCUGCAGCUCCGGGCGGCACCGCGCAGCGCACGUCGUCCUUGUUGGAGACCCUCCUCGGGAAGAAGCUCGCAUCCGAGUCUCCUGUGCAGCAACCGACAGCGGCUACAGCAGGUCUGGGAGGUCUGCAGGGACCUCUGGGCACUAGUGCACCUGUGCCGCUUCCCGACAAUGUCCAGCAGCCCGGAGUCGCGCGGCCCUUCACACUGGAUCCCCCUGUCCAGCUGCAUUCGGCGGGAUCCAAUGGCCUGGGCGGAACGCCACUCGGGGGCUUGGGCGGGCUGGGCGGGCCUUUGGGGGGUGGUCUAGGAGGCUUUGGUUCCGGACUACCAGGUGCUGCGGGCAUGGGUCCCGGCGGUCUAGGUGGAAUGGGUGGCCCGGCUGGCAUCGGCCCGGGGCCUUGGGGUGGUCCCCUUGUCGGUCCAGGAGGCCCACUGCCUGGGGCGCCUGGCGGACCGGUGCUUCCUGGCUGGGGCCGCGAUCCUCUCGUCGGGGGCUACGAUCCGCUUCGGCGGCCGGACCUGCACCCAGGCAUUCACGGAGCAGCUGGCAUUUGGGGCAGCGGACCGCCCUUCCGACCCGAGGGGCCACCGCUGGGCCCCGGGCCCUUCGUGCCGCAAGCGGCAGUUGCCGGAGACACGGCUGCGGGCCAGCCUGGACUUGCCCCACUGUCCGAUGCGCUCCUUAGCAAGCCAGAACCGGUGCAGCCCCAGCCGCCCGCGCCGGGACCACUGCAGGCUAACCCUGCGAUGCCACCGCAGCUUCCGCCACCGCAACAGGUGACCAUGCCGAUCCAACAGCAGACAGCAUUGCAGCAGCAGCAACAGCAACAGCUGUCUCAAGCCUCCGCCUGGGGCACGGCUCCAGUGCAGCCGGUUGCUGCUUCGCGCAGCCUAGCUGAUAUACAAAGGGAACAGGCAAUGGAAGCAGCACGUCAGGCUGCGCUUCGCGAGCAGCAGCAGCAGCAGGCUGCUGCCUUAGCGGAGGCUGUGGCGGCGCAGCAAACUAUUCCGGCGGCUCCACCGGCCCCGACGGUUGCGCCGCCAGCUGCUCAGGAGUUACCCCCAAUGCAGGGUGCGCUGCCGUCGCAUCAGCCACAAGCGGGCGCUUGGGGAGCUGCAGUUGUGCCGGAGCCUUACAGGCCAAUCUCUGGACUGCCGCCGGCACUGCAGCAACUCUUUGCCACGGCAAACAGGACGUCGCAGCCUGGCAGUGAGUCUGCUCCUGCCGAGCUGCAGGCGCUAGCCACAGAGCCUGUCCAGCAAUCCACCACAACUGCCACGGGCUCUGCAUCGUUGACUGACACCGCAUCUGCGUCCGCCGCUGGAACGGGCGGUGGAAAGAAGAAAAAGACGCCACAACUUGUGUUGCAAGAGCAGCCGAAGCCGCAGACAACGGCUGCACCGCAGCCUGCGACUGUAACGGCAGUUGCUGCGGAGGAUGUUUCAGCGGGUGCAGGGCAGUCCUCAAGCACGACCGUGACGCCACGUCCGGAACCCAAGUUGGCACCUUGGGCCUCGGCCGCAGCAGCUAAGCCACCCACUUCUGGCAUGACGCUGCGCGAGAUUCAAAUGCAGGAGGCUGAGGCAGCAGCACGUGCUGCUCGGGCGGCAGCAGCUGCACCAGAGGCUACCCCCGCCCAGAGCGCAGUAGCGACCAUGCCGGCAGCGGCAGCCGCAGCAGCGACACCUGCUGCAGCUGCACCCGCUGGUGUCUCUCCUUGGGCGAAAAUCGCUGCCGCUACGCCAGGGCCCAACGCGGCUGUCGCUAACACAGUAGCACCUGCGCCGCCACCACCAGCACCCGCGGGGACCGCCUGGCGUCCUGCGCCGCCACCCGCUGCCCCUCAGGCACCUGCUGUCGCUACUCCUACCGGUUCUAGCAUUGCCGCUGAUACGUCGCCCUCUCGAAAGACAGCGCCGAUCGCUUCAAACGCGGCCGCCGCGGUCGCGCCGGCCGCGCGUGGCGGACGGCCGGCGGUGACGGCGGCUCCGGUUGAGCCCCCAACCGCUCCUGUCGGAGUUACUGGUACAGCGCCGCGCGGUACCACCCUAGCAGAGCUUCUGGAGAAGCAGCUAAACCCAGCUGCAGCUGCAGCGUCAUCCGCUGCGCCGAAGGCAUGGGGUGGAGCUGCAGCCAAGCCUCCGCCGGUCACUAACCUUCGGGCGGUAAUUUACGAGGAAAGCGCGGCUGAGUUAGAAGGCGGUGUUGUUGAGGAAGAUCUUUCUGAUGUGCUGCCAAUGCUUCAGCAGCAGAAGCCGCCGGUACCACCGGUAUCUGCGAACGGCGGUUGGUCUGCGGCGCCAGCACCGCCGCCGGGCCCAACGCUGAGGGAUAUUCAACAGCAAGAGGAGGAGGCUGCACGGCGGCGGGCCGCGGCGGCGGCGCCGCCCGUCCGUGCUGCGUCGACUUCGGCUUCAUCUGCGGCGGGUGCUGAGGACGAGGGGCUCUUUUGGGACUACGGGCCAGUAGCCACAGCACCAGCAGCGCCAGCGCGUGCGGCUUCUAUUGAAGCCCCCAAGCCGGCAGCUGCUGCCAAGCCUGCUGCACCAGCACCGCCCUCUGCACCUGUUUCUGCACGGGGCGGGUGGGCAUCCAUGGCGGCAGCGGCUGCGCCGCCACCGCCAACGGCGGCGGCUGUCGCUGCCAAGUCAUUAAAUGCAGUGCCGGCUGCGCGCGCCUCGGCGGCAGCUGUGAUAGCUAAACCGGCAGCCGCCGCGGUGGCACCGACGCGAGCCUCUGCUCCAGCGCCAGCUCCAGCGACGUCGACAUCGUACGCUCCUGCAGCCAUGGCGUCGAAUCCUGGUGGUGAUGAUUCGGCAGGGUUGUUUGACGGCGAGAUUCAGAUGUCGGCGGAGUUUCGGAAUUGGUGCCGAUCGAAGAUGGUCGAGUUUUUUGGCAACGACGAUCUGUCACUGGUGCACUUCCUGCUAACCGUCAACAGUCGCAGCGAGGUGGCGGACUAUUGCCAGGUUUACAUGCGCGGCAAGCCCAACGUCUCAACCUUCGUGGCGGACUUCCUGAAGCGCAAGGACGCGGAGUUGGCUCGGCAGGCGUCCGGGUCCAAGGGGAAGAAUAAGGGAAGCGGGGGCGGCUCUGCAGGAGCCGCGGCGGCCAAGGGCGCUACUAGCAAGAGCGCAGUUGCCGUAAGCGAGUGGCAGAAGGCCACCAGCACCGCGCAGCAGGCCGCCGCUAGCGGCGGCAAUAAGAAGGGCGGCAGUAGUGGCGGUGGCAAGCAGCCAACGGUUAAGAAAGUAGGCGGUAUUACUGCCACGGUACCGGGCUUCAGCCUUCUGUCCGACAGGGCUUAAUAAGGAGGUAGGGAGGAAGGGUGAACGAUGGCGCCGGUGUAUUGAGGCCAUAACACGGCAAUAAUAAGCUGGAAGUAAAGGUGGAGGAGGAAUGGAGGGGUGUCAUUGCGGGCACACGGAAGUUGUAUGUCUUAUGAAGCGGACGUCUCUCUGUUGAGUGACGGUGUCUGCUGGCAGCGAACACAGUUACCAAGCGGCGUGUUGUGGUCAAAUGGACACAACGGUUCUCGUGGACUUCUCAUGAACGCGCGUCAUGACCGGCCGAGGUGGCGGCGGGGAAGCAGGCGCAGGGGUUGCAGACCGAAAGGGAUUGAAGAUUGCGCGCCGACGAAGCCGGGCCAAGGUGCCCCGAUGAAGGGCUAUUAGCCGCCGAUGAAGGUGGCAGGAGCUCACGACCGUGACGACGAGAAUGGAAGGGUUUCGGUCUGAAGUUUUGGGGGCACAUCGGUCUGACUUCUUGUUCACAGUUUGGCUUGCUCUCUUACCUGGCCAGGCCUUCAAAGCUAAACAGGACAAAUGAUGGAGGUCGUAGGUGUACAGAUGAACGGGUGCACAUCGCAAAAUGCCCAUGGCGCAUUGUUGGUAGCCCUGCCUGCUUGAACGCGU